GUUAAAUCCUUUUUAAACGGGAGAAAAAGGGCAAAAACUGAAGAAAUGAGAUCAAAAGAAUGUUCAGUGUGUUUAAAUGAAGUUUCAAAGUACUGCUGCCCUCAGUGCAGCAGUAGAACAUGUUCUAUGAAGUGUUCUCGUCAACAUAAAGUGAUAAAAUCAUGUUCUGGAACAUUUAAUCCAGCAUCUUUUUUAAAUAAGAAAGAAUUAUUAACUAUUCAAAGUCUGGACCGGGAUUAUAACUUUUUAUCAAACGUUGAAUCAUGCCUGGAUAGGAGUGUUAGAUACAGGCUGAAUUUCCCGUCCAAAAACCAUGUUUUACGGCUUAAAAAAGCUAUUGAAAGGAAUGGAAUUCAUUAUUUUACAUUUCCUAGGGGAAUGAGUAGAGCAACCCAGAAUAAAACAUUCUGGGAUUACAAGAGAAAGAAGCUUUUUUGGACCAUAGAAUGGGUUUAUACAAAGAAUGGAUCAAAAAUAUCAAAAAUUGAACACAAAGUCCCAUCAGACAAAAAUAUUAUGGAAGCAUAUAAAAAUUUUAUUCAUAAAACAAAUAUUAAAGAAUUACUUGAUAUAGAUCAUGAAAUAGUGGAAUUUAUGAUGAAGAAGACUAAUUCUCAAGCAAAUAAUCCUAUUUUUGAAACAAUAGAUAAAAAUAAACCUUUAUCAGAAAGUCUUAAAGGAAUGACUGUUAUAGAAUUCCCUACUAUUUAUAUUACAAUUAAUGAGAAUAAGAUUAUAACAUCAAUGGCUCAAGAAGAAAUGGAAGAAAAAAUACAGAUUGAAAAGAGAGUAAAUUUUGGAAUAAAUGUUAAACAAAAUGGAAUUAUUGAUUAUGACAGUGAAGAAUAGGUAAUUGACGUAUAUUAUCUAACAAAAUAGAAUAUAUUUCUUAU